CUACAAUCGUGGUCUCGUUCUCCUCUUGUCUCGCGUCCCAUCCUAACCCAGCAGCGCCUGGCUCGCGAGGCGCAUUGGUCGAGCAUUAUGCAGACACCUACGAAAAACCCUGACAAUGCCCCCAAGAGGCGCAAGAAGGUCAGGGCUGAACGAAACGAGAAAACCAGCGGAUUCGACGAAGUUCUGCAGGCCGACAUUGACAAGCUUUUGAGCAAGCAAAAGCCCGAAGCCGACAGCCCACUAUCCGAUGCCCCCUCUCCCCCGCAACCCACGCUUCCUGAGACUUUUACAGAAAUCGAGGUGACUGUUGCAGAGAUAUCCUCGACAGGUGACGGACUCGCGCUAUCAGAGAACGCAGACCAUGUUUAUGUCGUCCCCUUCACCGUCCCGGGUGAUAAGGUCCUUGUGAAAGUCGUGCGGCACAUUCCUGCGUUGUCCUACAGCGUCACGGACUUUGUCAAGGUCAUUGAGCCCGGUGCGCAAAGGAAAGAUGAAAUGAUUGGGUGCAAGUACUUUGGGAAGUGCUCAGGCUGCCAGCUUCAAAUGAUGUCGUACGGGGAUCAGCUGGCGCAUAAGAAGCGCAUCGUGGAGAAGGCCUACUCCAACUUCUCCGGUCUCAUCCCAGAGCUGAUCCCCGCAAUUGGCGACACAUUCCCAUCUCCUCUCCAGUAUGGAUACCGCACCAAAUUAACGCCCCAUUUUUCUGCCCCUGGUGGAGGCGGAAGGAGUAGAAAAAAGGGCCCCAGAGAGGGGCCUGUCGAGGUACCUCCUAUCGGCUUCACCUUCAAGAACCAAAGACGGGAUUUGGAUAUCGAAGACUGCCCCCUCGGAACCGACAUUGUUCGCAAGGGCCUCAAGAGUGAGAGGAAGAAGGUUGCCGAAAAUAUCCAGAAGUACACCAAGGGUGCCACAAUUCUCCUGCGAGAAUCCACCGCGCGCAUACCAAAGGAGACCACCGGCAGCUCCUCCGCCCCCAUUCCACCCAUAUACGACAACAAACCAGGCCAGGACUCCGGCGACCUCAUCCGCAUCGAAUACGACGAAUACACGGAAGAGAAACGGUGUGUGACGGACCAGAACGCCACCUCCGUCGAGUAUAUCGAUGAUUACAUCUUCACCAACAAAGCCGGGGCCUUCUUCCAAAACAACAACUCCAUCCUCUCCGGCUUCACCGAGUACAUCCGUCAACAAGCCCUCCCCGCAAACAACAGCACCCACCCGAAGCCAAUCAAAUACCUCCUCGACGCCUAUUCCGGCUCCGGCCUCUUCACAAUCACCCUCUCGCCGCUCUUCAAAUCCAGUCUAGGCGUCGACGUCGCCGGCGACUCCAUCGUCUCGGCCCGCGAAAACGCCCGCGCAAACUCCCUCCCCAAUACCGGAUUUGCGGCCGCCGACGCCGCCGUCCUCUUCAAGGACGUCCCCUACCCUGCGGACCAGACACUCCUCGUGAUCGACCCACCAAGGAAAGGAUGUAGCGACGACUUCCUCCGGCAGCUGCUAGCAUUCGGGCCCCGUCGCGUAGUAUAUGUAAGCUGCAACGUGCAUACGCAAGCGCGGGACGUUGCAGUCAUGGUAGAGGGCGACGCGGAGACCGGAGUCCGUUAUGAUAUCGAGAGCAUUCGUGGAUUUGACUUCUUCCCGCAGACCGGUCAUGUUGAAGGUGUGGCUAUUUUGAACAAGGCGCCUGUGUCUGUACCCGCGCCAGAUCCUGCCUCCGAGGCAUGA